GUCCUCCCAGCUACCCCCUCCCUCAGCAGGCUGAGGAAGAAGAGGUAGCAAGCCCUCACCUAACUUGACCCCUUUCUUGUCCUUCCGCGCCACUGGCUUCUCCCUUCUCGCUGCCUUUCGGGGUGGGGAAACGUGGAAGGAAUUCUGGGAAAACCAGAUGUCUGGGUUCUCUAUUCCCGUCUGGCUUGAUUCUGGACAAGGCGCUUCCUCUCCAGGGCCUCAGUUUCCCCAUCUUUAAAAUGGAGAGAUAGCAUAGACCUGCCCACCUUUCAGAGGUGCCCGAAGCCCUGACGAGAUAACAGAUGAGAAGUGGUUUUCGUUGUGAUGAGCCAGCUGAAGCGGUUGCACCGAAGGAACGCCAGACCGUCAGCGGUGCAGCGGCCCUCGCGUCCUUCACAUCCCCCCACACUCAUCCUGUGGAUGAUGGGGGAAGGCACUACCCCUGGGGUCCCCCGGAGCGGAUCCUGGGACUGGGACGUGGGGACGCGGUGAGAGGCAGUCUUGAAGCCGAGUCCAGAGGUCUGGGGCGUCACUGCCCCAGGGCGGACCCAGCCUCAGACACUACAACUAAACCCAAGGCCAGCCGAGAAGCACUACCCCUGGCGGGCUGAGCUGAGCUCUCCUUCUUCUCAGGACUCUGGACCUUUGGAGGAAAUGAAAGGGACCCAGUUGGAAACAUAGUCUUUAUUUGCGCCCCCUACGUCUCCCUUCCUCCGGCGGAAACGCGGCCCAAACUGUUUGGAAGUGGAAGAGGCUGGAUAGCUCUUCACAAUUAAUCAGGAAUGGGAGGUUUGAGCAGGUUUACUUGAUGAGGGAAAAAUUAUAGCCUCGCCCAUUCAUUUAUUAUUUCAACAAUUAAUUAUUGAACACCUGUUACGUGGCAGACAGUAAGAGCCUGGAUAGUUUCUCUCCGUUUUUCAAAGUCGCUAAACGCGAUCAGAGGGCAGAUGCGAGGCCGGUAACCUAGGAGUCCUGGCUCCGCCCCCUCCGCGUUUGGCCUUGCCUGCUCCUUCCAUCAUCACUUCACUCAGAGGCGGCUACUGGCCCAAGAGGACGACAGAAACCAGUCUCUGAUGCCCACCGCAUUCUCCAGCUUCGGGCCUCAAGCUCUGUAGCUGAGAAGGCGAGGCCUAAUGUUACACCACCGGUCUGUUCCGCCUGUGUUUCGGGGUCUACCCGAAAAGCUUUCAGAUUGGCUCCUCGGUGAGACGGCACUCGAUUGAAUAGGUCUAUCUCUACAGGCCAAGGAGGCGGGUUUGGCACGGCCACUCCAAGGCCAAAGCGAGAAAAUCUUACUGCGCACGCGCAAUAGAAAGCCGAUGGAGCCACCGACGGAGCCGUCCGGAGGGGAGCAAGAGCCCGGAGCCGUCAGGCUCCUGGACCUGCCCUGGGAAGAUGUGCUGCUCCCACACGUCCUGAACCGGGUCCCGCUGUGCCAGCUGCUCCGGCUGCAGCGCGUUAGCCGGGCCUUCCGGGCGCUGGUGCAGCUUCACCUGGCCGGGCUGCGUCGCUUCGAUGCCGCGCAGGUGGGUCUGCAGAUCCCGCGGGCCGCAUUGGCCCGGCUGCUGCGGGACGCCGAGGGGCUGCAGGAGCUGGCGCUGGCGCCGUGUCACGAAUGGUUGUCAGACGAGGACCUGGUGCCGGUGCUGGCGCGUAAUCCGCAGCUGCGGAGUGUGGCGCUGGGCGGUUGCGGGCAACUGAGUCGUCGGGCGCUUGGGGCGCUGGCCGAGGGCUGCCCACGCCUGCAGCGCCUGUCGCUCGCGCACUGUGACUGGGUGGACGGGCUGGCGCUGCGCGGCCUCGCUGACCGCUGCCCGGCCCUGGAGGAGCUGGAUCUCACAGCCUGCCGCCAGCUCAAGGACGAGGCCAUCGUGUACCUGGCGCAGAGGCGCGGCGCUGGCCUCCGCAGCCUCUCUCUGGCGGUCAACGCCAACGUGGGGGAUGCCGCGGUUCAGGAGUUGGCUCGGAACUGCCCAGAACUCCAGCACCUUGACCUCACCGGCUGCCUCCGCGUCGGAAGCGACGGUGUCAGGACAUUGGCCGAGUACUGCCCCGCGCUGCGCUCGCUGCGGGUGCGGCACUGCCACCAUGUGGCGGAGUCCAGCCUGAGCCGCUUGCGGAAGCGCGGCGUGGACAUCGACGUGGAGCCGCCGCUGCACCAGGCCCUGGUGCUGCUGCAGGAUAUGGCUGGCUUCGCACCUUUUGUCAACUUGCAGGUCUGACGCGCCUGCCAAUCGGAGCACAGCUGGACUGUGUGGCUGGGGCCUGACACUGAGCUGUAGGGAACCUGAACCUCUCUGGUGAGAGGCCAGUGCCCUGCCCCAACCUGGAGCUUCAAAUAAAGAGCUUUUUACCCCCUC